AUGCGUGACGUCAUAGAGAACUCUGCUCAGCUUUAUGGAACGCAGUUUGCAGUGUGUGUGGUCAUUCUACGGGAGCCGGCCUACGCGGCUGAGGAGGACCCGACAAGCGACGACUCCCGCCUGCGGACCCCUCGCCUGCCAGGACUGCCCAGUGAUGACGCCGAAGACGCCACCGCAAGCCGUGAGGAGCCGGCCUACGCGGCUGAGGAGGACCCGACAAGCGACGACUCCCGCCUGCGGACCCCUCGCCUGCCAGGACUGCCCAGUGAUGACGCCGAAGACGCCACCGCACGCCGUGAGGAGCCGGCCUACGCGGCUGAGGAGGACCCGACAAGCGACGACUCCCGCCUGCGGACCCCUCGCCUGCCAGGACUGCCCAGUGAUGACGCCGAAGACGCCACCGCACGCCGUGAGGAGCCGGCCUACGCGGCUGAGGAGGACCCGACAAGCGACGACUCCCGCCUGCGGACCCCUCGCCUGCCAGGACUGCCCAGUGAUGACGCCGAAGACGCCACCGCACGCCGUGAGGAGCCGGCCUACGCGGCUGAGGAGGACCCGACAAGCGACGACUCCCGCCUGCGGACCCCUCGCCUGCCAGGACUGCCCAGUGAUGACGCCGAAGACGCCACCGCACGCCGUGAGGAGCCGGCCUACGCGGCUGAGGAGGACCCGACAAGCGACGACUCCCGCCUGCGGACCCCUCGCCUGCCAGGACUGCCCAGUGAUGACGCCGAAGACGCCACCGCACGCCGUGAGGAGCCGGCCUACGCGGCUGAGGAGGACCCGACAAGCGACGACUCCCGCCUGCGGACCCCUCGCCUGCCAGGACUGCCCAGUGAUGACGCCGAAGACGCCACCGCACGCCGUGAGGAGCCGGCCUACGCGGCUGAGGAGGACCCGACAAGCGACGACUCCCGCCUGCGGACCCCUCGCCUGCCAGGACUGCCCAGUGAUGACGCCGAAGACGCCACCGCACGCCGUGAGGAGCCGGCCUACGCGGCUGAGGAGGACCCGACAAGCGACGACUCCCGCCUGCGGACCCCUCGCCUGCCAGGACUGCCCAGUGAUGACGCCGAAGACGCCACCGCACGCCGUGAGGAGCCGGCCUACGCGGCUGAGGAGGACCCGACAAGCGACGACUCCCGCCUGCGGACCCCUCGCCUGCCAGGACUGCCCAGUGAUGACGCCGAAGACGCCACCGCACGCCGUGAGGAGCCGGCCUACGCGGCUGAGGAGGACCCGACAAGCGACGACUCCCGCCUGCGGACCCCUCGCCUGCCAGGACUGCCCAGUGAUGACGCCGAAGACGCCACCGCACGCCGUGAGGAGCCGGCCUACGCGGCUGAGGAGGACCCGACAAGCGACGACUCCCGCCUGCGGACCCCUCGCCUGCCAGGACUGCCCAGUGAUGACGCCGAAGACGCCACCGCACGCCGUGAGGAGCCGGCCUACGCGGCUGAGGAGGACCCGACAAGCGACGACUCCCGCCUGCGGACCCCUCGCCUGCCAGGACUGCCCGGUGAUGACGCCGAAGACGCCACCGCACGCCGUGAGGAGCCGGCCUACGCGGCUGAGGAGGACCCGACAAGCGACGACUCCCGCCUGCGGACCCCUCGCCUGCCAGGACUGCCCAGUGAUGACGCCGAAGACGCCACCGCACGCCGUGAGGAGCCGGCCUACGCGGCUGAGGAGGACCCGACAAGCGACGACUCCCGCCUGCGGACCCCUCGCCUGCCAGGACUGCCCAGUGAUGACGCCGAAGACGCCACCGCACGCCGUGAGGAGCCGGCCUACGCGGCUGAGGAGGACCCGACAAGCGACGACUCCCGCCUGCGGACCCCUCGCCUGCCAGGACUGCCCAGUGAUGACGCCGAAGACGCCACCGCACGCCGGCGGGUGGGCGGGUCUCUGGGUGGUUUGGCCAUACGUGUCUUUGAAAUGUUGCCCAUCUCUGGAUAUACCACUGCGUCGUGGGAGCCGGCCUACGCGGCUGAGGAGGACCCGACAAGCGACGACUCCCGCCUGCGGACCCCUCGCCUGCCAGGACUGCCCAGUGAUGACGCCGAAGACGCCACCGCACGCCGUGAGGAGCCGGCCUACGCGGCUGAGGAGGACCCGACAAGCGACGACUCCCGCCUGCGGACCCCUCGCCUGCCAGGACUGCCCAGUGAUGACGCCGAAGACGCCACCGCACGCCGUGAGGAGCCGGCCUACGCGGCUGAGGAGGACCCGACAAGCGACGACUCCCGCCUGCGGACCCCUCGCCUGCCAGGACUGCCCAGUGAUGACGCCGAAGACGCCACCGCACGCCGUGAGGAGCCGGCCUACGCGGCUGAGGAGGACCCGACAAGCGACGACUCCCGCCUGCGGACCCCUCGCCUGCCAGGACUGCCCGGUGAUGACGCCGAAGACGCCACCGCACGCCGUGAGGAGCCGGCCUACGCGGCUGAGGAGGACCCGACAAGCGACGACUCCCGCCUGCGGACCCCUCGCCUGCCAGGACUGCCCAGUGAUGACGCCGAAGACGCCACCGCACGCCGUGAGGAGCCGGCCUACGCGGCUGAGGAGGACCCGACAAGCGACGACUCCCGCCUGCGGACCCCUCGCCUGCCAGGACUGCCCAGUGAUGACGCCGAAGACGCCACCGCACGCCGUGAGGAGCCGGCCUACGCGGCUGAGGAGGACCCGACAAGCGACGACUCCCGCCUGCGGACCCCUCGCCUGCCAGGACUGCCCAGUGAUGACGCCGAAGACGCCACCGCACGCCGUGAGGAGCCGGCCUACGCGGCUGAGGAGGACCCGACAAGCGACGACUCCCGCCUGCGGACCCCUCGCCUGCCAGGACUGCCCAGUGAUGACGCCGAAGACGCCACCGCACGCCGUGAGGAGCCGGCCUACGCGGCUGAGGAGGACCCGACAAGCGACGACUCCCGCCUGCGGACCCCUCGCCUGCCAGGACUGCCCAGUGAUGACGCCGAAGACGCCACCGCACGCCGUGAGGAGCCGGCCUACGCGGCUGAGGAGGACCCGACAAGCGACGACUCCCGCCUGCGGACCCCUCGCCUGCCAGGACUGCCCAGUGAUGACGCCGAAGACGCCACCGCACGCCGUGAGGAGCCGGCCUACGCGGCUGAGGAGGACCCGACAAGCGACGACUCCCGCCUGCGGACCCCUCGCCUGCCAGGACUGCCCAGUGAUGACGCCGAAGACGCCACCGGACGCCGUGAGGAGCCGGCCUACGCGGCUGAGGAGGACCCGACAAGCGACGACUCCCGCCUGCGGACCCCUCGCCUGCCAGGACUGCCCAGUGAUGACGCCGAAGACGCCACCGCACGCCGUGAGGAGCCGGCCUACGCGGCUGAGGAGGACCCGACAAGCGACGACUCCCGCCUGCGGUCCCCUCGCCUGCCAGGACUGCCCAGUGAUGACGCCGAAGACGCCACCGCACGCCGUGAGGAGCCGGCCUACGCGGCUGAGGAGGACCCGACAAGCGACGACUCCCGCCUGCGGACCCCUCGCCUGCCAGGACUGCCCAGUGAUGACGCCGAAGACGCCACCGCACGCCGUGAGGAGCCGGCCUACGCGGCUGAGGAGGACCCGACAAGCGACGACUCCCGCCUGCGGACCCCUCGCCUGCCAGGACUGCCCAGUGAUGACGCCGAAGACGCCACCGCACGCCGUGAGGAGCCGGCCUACGCGGCUGAGGAGGACCCGACAAGCGACGACUCCCGCCUGCGGACCCCUCGCCUGCCAGGACUGCCCAGUGAUGACGCCGAAGACGCCACCGCACGCCGUGAGGAGCCGGCCUACGCGGCUGAGGAGGACCCGACAAGCGACGACUCCCGCCUGCGGACCCCUCGCCUGCCAGGACUGCCCAGUGAUGACGCCGAAGACGCCACCGCACGCCGUGAGGAGCCGGCCUACGCGGCUGAGGAGGACCCGACAAGCGACGACUCCCGCCUGCGGACCCCUCGCCUGCCAGGACUGCCCAGUGAUGACGCCGAAGACGCCACCGCACGCCGUGAGUACCUCCACUUUUAA